UUUUUUUUUGUUUUGGCGGGAGUUGGUGAGGAGAAGGAAAAGCUCGGCGGGAGCCGCCCCCUCGUGAGAACUGGGAAGAGCCGUGAGUGCGGCCGUUUCGCAGGUGCCUUUGUUGGGCGAGCGUGGUCAGUCGGUAGUGACCCCCUGAGGGAGCGACAGAAGGGGAUCUUCAUUCCCCCGCCGGCCUCUCCAGAGACCCUGGCCGUCGGUGUCUUGUGGGCCACGGAGGUUCCCUGGGUUUAUAUAUCUCCUUAUCUGGAGCAUUGAGAGUUAGGCAAGAGGGGGUUGUUGACGUAUCUCUCUCUCACACAGACACACACGAGAAGGCUCGUGAGAACCAGCAGCAAUGCAGGCAUUUCUGAAAGGUCCAUCUUCAAUCAGCACUAAACCCCUGUCUACCAAGGAGCGGGGAACAACUGCCACUGCAGGAGGCAGUGGGGAGGGCAAGAGGGUCAGACCCAUUCCUUGGGUGGAAAAAUAUCGUCCAAAAUGCAUGGAUGAAGUCGCAUUUCAAGAGGAAGUUGUUGCAGUACUGAAGAAAACUUUACAAGGAGCUGAUCUUCCCAAUCUCUUGUUCUAUGGCCCACCUGGAACUGGAAAAACAUCUACUAUUUUAGCAGCAGCCAGAGAACUCUAUGGGCCUGAACUGUUCCGGCAGAGAGUCCUUGAGUUAAAUGCAUCUGAUGAACGGGGAAUACAAGUCAUUCGAGAGAAAGUGAAGCGUUUUGCUCAGCUGACAGUGUCAGGAAGUCGUUCAGAUGGCAAGCCGUGUCCCCCUUUUAAGAUUAUAAUCUUGGAUGAAGCAGAUUCUAUGACCUCAGCAGCCCAAGCAGCUUUAAGGCGCACAAUGGAAAGAGAAUCCAAAACAACGCGCUUCUGCCUUAUUUGUAAUUACAUCAGCCGGAUAAUUGAACCCAUAACAUCUCGAUGCUCUAAAUUUCGUUUCAAGCCCCUUUCAGACAAAAUCCAACAGCAGAGACUUCUUGACAUUGCUGAAAAGGAGAAUGUGACUCUUAGCAGUGAGGCAAUCUCUUACCUUGUUCACGCAUCAGAAGGAGACUUGAGAAAAGCAAUCACGCUACUUCAAAGUGCUACACGACUAACUGGCGGGAAAGAGGUCACUGAGAAAAUUGUAGCUGAAAUUGCAGCGAUUGUCCCUCAAGAAAUGUUAGAUGGACUAUUAGCUGCCUGUCAGAGUGGUUCAUUUGAAAAACUGGAAACUGUAACAAAGAAUCUGAUCAAUGAAGGUUAUGCAGCUACUCAGCUUAUAAACCAGCUUCAUGAUAUUAUUGUUGAGAGAGAUCUGAGUGACAAGCAGAAAUCUGUUAUUGCAGAGAAACUUGCUGAGGCAGACAAAUGCUUGGCAGACGGUUCUGAUGAGUUCUUACAGUUGAUCGGCCUCUGUGCGGUGGUGAUGCAACAGCUCAGCUAACUCAAAAUAUCCAACAGCAGAGCAAAAUUGUUUCUUUUUGAUGCAGCGUCUUGUAUACGUUUUUCAUAAUAAAAUACAGCCUGGGUCCAUGA